AUGAAAGAGUUUAGGGAGGUUGAUGUAGUGGUCGUUUUGUCUGUCUGUAUGUGUGUGUGUUUGUGUGAAGGGAGGUCCUGAUUUGCCACUGAGAAAAGUAUGAAAACCCUUCAGGGGGAUUUCCUCUGAAAGAAAGACCUCCUCCUCCUCCUCCUCUCUGUCUUUACUUUCUCUCGUUCUCUCUCUCUCUCUCACACUGAAAAGCUCUUUACAGUCAAGACAAAACAGCGCAGUGAGCCGACAACAGAGCGCUUCACAUUUCGUGCAUUUUUGGAGGCGUUCUGCCCUCGCACAAACUUGCAAACUUGCUACACAAUGGCUGUCGUCCACUGCAGUCCGAAUCAAACAGCACAGACGUCCUGGAUUCACCUCUGGAUGUAAGGAAGCACGGAAACGAUGCCCGUUUAUCUCCAGAACUAAACUGGGAGUUUGUUUUGUUGGAGGAUGACAGCUCAGUAGACGAAUCCUGUCGUCAAGAUGAACCCGUCCUCUCUGGAGUGGUCCAUUCAGAACGCCCUGUCGGCACUUUACCCGCCUUUUGAAGCGACCGCCCCUACUGUUCUCAGUCAACUCUUUCGCACCAUUGAGGAACGUUACCAUGGAGACGCACUGCAAUGCAUGCUGGACUUUCUCAUCCCAGCCAAACACAUCUUAGAGAGCGUGCAACAAGCUGCAUGUGCUGCAUACUCCGAUGUCCUGUUUCGAUGUGAGGGUUGGCCUCUGUGCUUAAGGGAUCGUGUGGUGAUUCAACUCGCCCCCAUCAAUCCUUUACUUCUCCGGCCUGGGGAUUUCUAUUUGCAGGUGGAGCCUUUUGGAGAUCAGUUAGCCCGAAUUGUCCUCAAAAGUCUUCUUGUGCAGGAAGACAUCCUCGGGCAGGACAAUCCAUUGCUUCAAGCAAGCUCCAGAGUUCCCGAAGUCGAGGGGAUACCAAUACCUGAGACGUCCUAUCCGAGCAUUUUCACCGAAUCCUGGUUAAAGGAAAUAAAUGACGGGCGACACGGUAAUCCUCUACAUCGGUGUGUGCUUUCCUCCGACCAGGGGGUUGUGAAGGUACCUUGGACUGAAAUCGCCAACCCGGAAUUUCUCGACAGACCCAAAGCUAACAUCUGGUCUGAAACUCUCAUUGUACAAGAUCAUCAGACUGAGAUAUCAGAAAACAAGAUACCUGUUGAUCGCUUAAUGUUGGCGAUGGAAGAUGGGAUGAUGGUUCCCAUUCAGCUGGUGGAGGGCGGUACCAGAUUGGUUAAGGUCGAUCAAGGAAACCCAAUCAGUAGUUUUGCUGGAAAACCGGUUGGCUGGGUUUCUCCCAACACCUGGGACAGCAGGAACAGCCGAGAGCUGGAAGGAGAAUACGUUGACCUGUUGGAGUUCACAAAGCAGAACCAGACCACAAAACCACCGAGCUUUAGGCAAGUCAGGACAGCUCAGCUUGUAGCAAAAGGCAACCUGUGUGACUUUAAUAACCCAUGCUCGCAAAACAAACAGCCAUCUGAGGACAUGCAAAACGAUGCAGAACCCAAAUGCAGGUAUAGACAGUCUUACAUGGCAGCUUUGCGAAACCCCGUGACUUUCGAGAGAGCAAGUAUGCUCCGUCCCGUGAAUGAAUCGAGCCCAGACGUAGGGGAGGUUGAGCCAAGCUGUAAGGGAUACGGAGUUGGCCUUAAUCAUUCAUGUUGCACGUCUGGCCAGACACCAAACCAAACAGACCGAAACCCAAUACAAUGCUUUGAGGACUCAUCCCAGCUAGAGCAAAGUCCAAAAAACCUCGGUCAGAACUCAACUCAGCCAAGUGAGAGAAUACCACAUGGACGUAAUUCAAGGGAGAACUUGUCUCCGAGCUCAGACCCAGCCCAAGCAAAACAACAUCACAAAUCACAUGACCUUCAUCAGACUGCAGUGAAUCAUAAAGCAUUACUUGACAAAAGACUCUAUUGUCUGAAUGACUCUAUUAGACAAGAUCAGUUUCAGGUGCGGCCUGGCGCUCAGAAGCACGCCAAAACCCAACACUUACCGAAAAUGGGGCUCAGGGCUUUACCCGACCACAGCGGUCUCAAACAAGACGCUAAUCUGUGUUUAAGGCGAGUCGAUCUCAUUCGGCAAAACCAGCUAACGCAGAGCCUCGAACAAACAUCUCCUAUAUUUCAACAGAUCAUGUUUCAAAAUCAUAACACUCCUUCAGAUUACAAAAUCCACUGUGAUGACAGACAGCCUGGUCGAGACCUGAGUUCACCUUUACAGGUGUUGAAAGUGUCGGGGAAAAGCCGAACUAAAUUCCGCUCCGUAUCUUCCGUCUCGGAUACGGCCAGAGAGUGCCAACCGUCACACAAAGUGACCAACAGAAGCCACAGUGACGUCUAUCCAGGGAUCAUCUCAUCGGUAUCCAUAAUCCAGGGAAUAAAACACACAGCUAAUUUGGUGUCCCCCAAAUUAAACAGACGACAUGAAAGAAAGCUUUCCUCAUCUGGGAAAGCUGGAACUCCAGUUGGUAACGGAGAGGAGUUUCACACCGAUCAUCCCGUGACGGUUCAGCCUGAGAGUGGAGUUCAAGCAACUCUCCUUUCCCAAGACCCUACAAUCAGGAAUCUUCUCCAGAUGGGAAUUAUCUGUCUGCCAGGCAGUCGUGACAGAGCCGGUCGAGCUGUGGUGGAGGUUCAUGGAGGCCGGACAGGUUGGGCAUCGGCUCAGCACUCUCCUCUGGACCUCUGCAGACUGAUGCUUUAUUUGCACUCCAUACCCAGGUUGGAGGUGAGAGAUCUGGGACUCACUGUUGUGAUUGACAGCAGGAAAUCUCCUCUACCUUCUGUCUUCUAUAAAUCUCUGCUCAUGGUUCAGGAACAGGCCCUUCAUGCAGUGCACACUAUUGUGAUGCUUGUUGAGAAAGAUGUGAAUCCUCGACCUGAAAGACAUCCUGGACUACAGAUAGAUGUUGUGACAUCAUCUCUGAAGGCUCUUCAUAAGACGGUUGAUGCGCAUCAGUUGACCUCUGACCUCGGAGGAACUUUCCCUUACAAUCAUGAAGACUGGCUGCAAUUUCAUCAGAAACUGUCUCUCUUUCAACUUGAUCUACAUGCGGCAUCUUCAUUACUACAGGCAGCGAUCAAGAAACUGGAUGUCAAAAAAACUAAUUCUGCACAGGAAGUGAAGUCUUGCAUUCAGGAGCAAAGGACGUCCAUGAAAAUGGUGCUUGAAGAUACUCGAUUGGUCACUCUCCAAAGAGAAGGUGGGGCUAUUUUGGCCAGGUUGCGAAAGGAGGAGUCUCGAUUCGUUCAGUCUGAAGACUAUAGGGACUCGAUGGAGUCUGUCACGUGUCUGUAUAAUCAGGUGGAAGAGGCUGUUCAUACAUUAGUGAUGAAGUCUAACCAAUCUCUGCAACAUCUCGAACAUGUUCUUCUGUUGAGAGAGACGGCGGAUUCGCUCAGCGAGAUUCAAUCCUGGUGUGAUGCGGAGGAACAGUUGUGGCAGAAGGACAAAGACAACACAGAAGAAUCUUUGUCUAAAGUUGAGCAGAAACUACAAAAUAUUCAAUCUGUUCUACUGCAAGCAAAGGAGAAAAAGGAGAAAGGGAUGUUGUUGGUCAAGGCUGUCAAGAGAAAGAGCAAAGAUACACAGUUUCCCGAAACCGACGCGUUUCGCUGUAACAUCAACACAUUUAAAACCAAGAUGACCGGGUUCCUCUUGAGGGCUGAAGAGCGUAAAUCUGAGCUGGAGACAUCUGUUGAUCUUUAUCGUUUCUGUGAACAGGCCUCAUCUCUUGUGAAAGAGUGCAUGCAGUAUUUAGAGUCGGAGACGAACGUGACCUCUCCAGCUUGUCUCCGCAUGAGUGCACUACAGGCUUUUGAGGAGAGGUUCAGAGACUUCUCACCACAACACUUUGAGGAAAAGAGUAGCGCGCUGUUGGAGAGGCACCCAGAUGGGAUAUGGAUUUGGAAUGCGGUCCGGGCUCAAUGCCGAGAUAUCAGACAGAAGCUUCAUGAGAUACUGCAGUCCUCUUAUAGAAAUCAAAGUCCUCCCAUAUCUCCACAAAAAGAAAAUGUGUCUGACGGCCACUUGGCAGGACUGGCACAAAAUGUAAUGACCACUCCUCCCGAAGAAAAGCAGGGCGACCUCCAAACGAAUCCAGCUGGCGGUCGAAUAGAGAACGAUGGACAAAGCGAUAAUGAGACUGUGGCACUUUGUAAUACUGACUUUAAGCAGAUGAUGAUAUGCACAUCAUCAAACUCAGACACAUUAUUGGCUGAAAAUGCUUAUAAAGAAACUUUACCCAUUAAACAACAAGAUUCAUUAGAAGGUAUUCAACAGUCAUUGCAGAUUAAAGAGCAAAGCUCACCCAAAGUCUGGUUUAAAGAAAAAAGACGUCUUUUCCACCGAAGGUCAAGCGAAGGUAAUGUUUCCACCUUUCACUAUGGCCAGACCGUAACAUUCAAGAAAUGCCAUCAGACGUACUCUCAAAGUGACGGUGAUCUCGGGUACGCCGGACGGGCUGUAGAGAGUGACCGCUCGCCAUGUAAUCAAACCCCAGGCUCUUGUGCAUCUACCCACUGUCAAGCCAAUGCUACGGUCAAGCCCGUGGUACAUUUAAAUGACCAGACAUCUGCGGAUCCCUGCGGAUUGGUACCAAGAGCUUCGAGUCCAGUCAGUGAGUCGGACAGAGCAUCAUGGGAUGGACAGAGCUCCAGGUUGUCUCACCAAGACAGCUUUUGUUCAAGCGCUUCUGAACCGAACCGGAGCAAAAUAAAUCAAACGACCAGCAAUGACAAUAAAUUGAUGAUUUCUUCGCCAACACGCUCAGUUAUUCCCGUCAGAUCGCAGGAUGGGUCGAUCUCUAUGCCUGUGGAAAACAGCAGUACUGUACUAAAACUCCAGCUGAUCAUUGAAGAGUUGCUCCAGACGGAGAGAGAGUAUGUAAGAGCCUUAGGGUACGUCGUCGAGCAUUACAUGCCUGAGCUGGAGCGUCCCGACGUUCCUCAAGACCUGCGGGGACAGCGAGGAAGCAUCUUUGGAAACCUGGAGAAACUGCGAGAUUUCCACCAGCAUCACUUUCUUCAUGAGCUGGAGAUCUGUCUGCAGGAGCCCUUCAGUGUGGGACGCUGCUUUCUAAAACAUAAAGAAAACUUUGGCCUCUACGCGUUAUACAGUAAGAACAAACCUCGCUCUGAAAAACUGCUCAUCAGUCAUGGAAAAGACUUCUUCAAGCAUAAACAGCAGGUGUUGGGUGAUAAGAUGGAUCUGUCAUCAUAUCUUUUGAAACCGGUGCAGCGCAUCAGUAAAUACAGUCUGCUGCUGCAGGACAUGCUGCGAGAAUGCGACAGCGGGCCACGCGCCGGCCGCGAGCGCAUGGAGAUACAGACCGCUCUGGAGAUCGUACAGUUUCAGCUUCGCCACGGCAACAAUCUGCUUGCCAUGGAUGAUAUUCAGGACUGUGAUGUGAAUCUGAAAGAACAAGGCCAGCUAAUUCGUCAAGACGAGUUUCUCGUGACCUUCAGAAAGAAAAAAUGUUACCGUCACAUUUUUCUCUUCCAAGAUCUCAUUCUCUUCAGCAAGACUCGGAGGACUGAUGUGGGGAAUGACACGUAUAUCUACAAACAGUCUUUUAAGACUUCAGACAUUGGCAUGACCCAUAAUUUCGGUGAGAGCGGGUUGUGUUUUGAGAUCUGGUUUCGAAGAAGGAAGUCACAGGACACGUACAUCCUACAGGCACAGAGUCGUGACGUGAAGGAGAACUGGACCAGAGACCUGGAGAGAAUUCUGUGGGAACAAGCCGUCCACAACCGAGAGAUCCGAAUGCAGGAGAGAGUGUUCAUGGGGAUUGGAUAUAAACCUUACAUGGACAUCACGCCCAGUGAAAUGGCCAUCAAUGACAGAGCCAUCAACUAUGCGCUCACAGGACGGGGCGGCAUUCCUGUCCUUCGCUUGAAUUCUGUUGGUUCGACCAGCUGUACGUCAUCGUCUGGUAGCCAUUCAUCUUUAUCCUCUGGGUGGGACUGUCAUCUGAGACAUCUGAUUGGUCCAGGCGGUGGAGAUGUUGAACAAGGAACCUCAGGAAUCCUGGAGGAAGAUGAUUUGGAGCAGGACAGUGGAAACCAGAGUGUACUUGUGGACAGUUCUGAAUCGUCGAGUGAGAGUGUGAGUUGCUUCAGCAGUUCUGGCCAGAGCUGCCAGUCUGUGAUUGGUGGAGAUGGUGAACACACCCUAUCUGAGGUGUCCGUCAUUGACACGAAAAAGUUACGUGCCCAAAAACAGGAAACCAAUGGGAAACCCACUAACCCACCAGGCCAAACAAGGAACCAGCCGUGCUCCAAAGUUCAAGGGACAAACAUCAUGGCUAAAUCAACUGAAGUUUAACCAAUCUAUAAUGUUUAUACCUUAAUUUUAUCUGAUGUGGUGGCUGGAAGUCGGUUGUCGUUAUUGUAUUUCUUUGGUCUUCAGUGAUUCUGCUCAUUAUCAUCAGGUGUCUUCAACAAUCAAAUAAUCAUCACUCAAAUGAUCACUUAAUAAACUAAUUAACUUUACCAGUGCUUAAGAGUUACCUUUAACACCCUGCCGGUGGUUCCCAUAUAAACACCAAGUUAACCCUGAUGGGGUAUU